GCGCCGACGUCAACGCCGGGCGCCGACGUCAGCGCGUGCCUGUUCGUGCGCGUCCUGGCCAAGAUGGAGCGGCUGGGCGCUGCCGUCGUCGUGCCGCGCGUCCCUGCGGUCUCCGCGGCCAUGGCCGACAGGCCCAUGAUGAGCCUCACGUCGACCUACCUCAGGAAUAUCAGGGACGUACUGCCCAAGGGCGGCGAUGUGCCUGGAGCCCAAAGGCGAACUACCUCAGGGACAUGGCGACGGCGAAGUGGGGGAGCAUAUCGAGGGACUUGGAGUUUACGUGAAAUUGCGUGGUGGACUCGGUUGUGUUUACUGUUUACAGACCUCCUGAUUUCGACGGCGUCGUGUUACGGAGUAGCUGUGAUAGUGUUGCAUUUGACCUGCACUCACACUCUCGGCUCCAAAUUUAGACAUGAUCAAAGACACGGCAAGGAAUCCUUCCAAUGACGCCUAGAUCACAAAUGGGCCUUAUUGCGAUGACGCCAGGAUAAUUGGUGAGAGCCGUGUUUUCGUAGUAUAGAUCGUGUCGGUCCCGGGAACACCCCUGAACACGAAGCCCACAACACCCACACUGCUCACAAGGGCACCCCGCCGUUUAGCGGCGUGGAUCCUCGCCGCGUGUGCAUGGGUCCGGAGGUAGGCCGCGUGGAUGUCGAUUGAAUGGAGUACAAAUGGAACGUGCGCACCCAGUCUGUGGAGCAAGUGGCUG